UUAUCUAAAACCGUACCACACCCACUGUAGGUUCCCCGAGAGCCUGAGGGGGUGGAUAGGUCUAGGGUUUGGAACACAAACCAGCAUCCAUUGCCCCAAAAAAAAGUUCCCGAGAAGUAGAAAGCAGAAACGCAAGAAAAAUAAAUGGAUCAACCAAACGAGGACCAAGAGGAACCUCCAAUUGCAGAGCUAUUGGGCGUGAAGAAGAAGAAGAAUAAGAAUACAACGGUGGUUUCUUCGCCGAGGACGAGAACAACAACCGGAGUAAAAGCGAAGAAGAAGAAGGAGGGUGGUCCCGCUGCAGUGGACUCCGCAGCACAGUAUCCUACAGGCUCCACGGAGGAUUGCUGCAAUGCCCCUAAGGUUACAGUUUUGAAGUUCGAUAAUUCGGUGGAGAAUCACUUCAGAGCCAUCGACACGAUUUCUCAGCUCUGUGGAGAGCCUGAAGACGGUGCUCUUGAAGAACAAGAAAUUCAGCAACUGUCCUCCUCAAUCACUUUCUUAAGAGAAUGGAAGUAUUUUAAUUACGAACCAAAAAUCGUCAGGUUCGCUUCUGCAGUAGGAAGCAUUGAUGGGAAAGAUGUUGUUAGCGGAAUAGAGUUGCCUCAACUAUCUUCUGCAGCUGUUCCUAAGAAUGAGGAACCUUCUGGGGGUGCUGCUACACAUGCAGAAUCAUCCGGAUCUGGCUGCAGCAAAGACUUUGUUAUUCAUGUUGGAGGGCAUGUUUGGGCUUUGGAUUGGUGUCCUAGAGUUCAUGAAAGGCCCGAGUGUCCUAUCAAAUGUGAGUUUAUAGCUGUUGCUGCUCAUCCUCCUGGAUCUUCAUAUCACAAGAUAGGCGCCCCUCUUACUGGUAGAGGUGUCGUUCAGAUAUGGGGUCUCCUAAAUGUCAGCAUGAAUGAGGAUGAGGUGCCACCUCCAGCAGAAAAGCCAAAACAGGGGCCUAAAAAUGGUAGGGACAUGAAGGACAAAUUGACUGUAUCAAAGAGGCCCAGAGGGAGACCUAGAAAGAAGCCAGUAGAAGACAAUGUGGCAAUAACAACUCAAAAGAGGCCCAGAGGAAGACCUAGAAAGAAUCUGAUAGAAAAACCUCCUGAUAAUUUGGAUUGCAGUGAGCAGUAUGUUCAAGCCCUUGCUGUUCAAUUCCCAGAAGAUUCAUCAGAUUUUCUUGCCAUAGAUGGGGUUCUUGGGGACACUCAAGAACAUGCUAUACAAGAAGACAGCGGUAAAAAACAAAAAAGCUAUAAGCAAGCUGCAUCUAAGUGUAACCCAGCACUUGAAACUCCUCUGAAGUGCAGAAGAUUGAAAAAUAAGAAAAGGACACGGAGUUGCAGUGAUAAUACAAGUCCACUGUUGUUGGAACUAAUUGAAGACAUGGGAUCUUCUGUUGUGAAUCAAAUGCAAGCGGAACCUGCAGCAAGUGUUAAUUUCUCACACAAUGGUUCCUUGGAAAUUAGCUCUGCUGGUUGCUUGAUUCCAAAUGAUGUUGCUUUGCCAAGAGUUGUAUUUUGUCUAGCUCACAAUGGGAAGGUUGCAUGGGAUACUAAAUGGCGGCCUUCCAAUGAAUGCUAUUCUAUUAAGAUGGGUUAUCUUGCUGUCUUGUUGGGGAAUGGAUCUCUGGAAGUGUGGGAGGUCCCUCUUCCUCGUACCGUGAAAGUUAUAUAUUCUUCAGACCAUCCGGAGGGCACUGAUCCUCGUUUUGUGAAAUUGGAGCCUGUAUUCAGAUGCUCAAUGUUGAAAGGUGGCGGCACGCAGAGCAUCCCUCUGACAGUGGAGUGGUCGGCUUCAACCCCUCAUGAUCUCAUUCUUGCUGGAUGCCAUGAUGGAACAGUUGCUUUAUGGAAGUUUUCUGUAAGCAGUUCAUCUAAAGAUACGAGGCCAUUGCUUUGCUUCAGUGCAGACACAGUUCCUAUAAGAGCACUCGCCUGGGCUCCAGUUGAAAGUGAUCUAGAGAGUGCAAAUGUUAUACUUACUGCUGGACAUGGAGGCCUAAAGUUUUGGGACUUACGGUUCAAAGUUCUAAUCAAAGCAUCAAAGGAUGGGUAUCUCAACAUGUAUGUGCAGCAUGGAGAGAGAAAUAAUCAUGAUCGAUAUUAUUGGGAUCCAUUCCGGCCUUUGUGGGACCUCCAUCCUGUGCCAAGGAUCAUAUAUAGUCUGGAUUGGCUGCCAGAUCCAAGAUGUGUUAUUCUAUCCUUCGAUGAUGGAACAAUGAGAACCCUCAGCUUGCUUAAGGCAGCGUAUGAUGUUCCUGUCACUGGAAAGCCCUUUGGUGGGACGAAACAACAAGGAUUGCACAGUUAUUACUGUUCAUCGUUUGCUAUCUGGAGUGUUCAAGUGUCAAGACUAACAGGGGUGGCGCAUCGUAUCGAGAAAUUAUUCCGGGAGUUCUUGUGGGGUGGUCUGGGGGAAGAAACUAAAUUCCAUCUUGCUAGUUGGAACAAAGUUUGCUCUCCAGUUUCGGGUGGUGGUUUAGGUGUGCGCAAUUUGAGAACUUUCAAUAAAGCGCUUUUGGGAAAAUGGUUAUGGAGGUAUCAAGAAGAAGGGGAGUCAUUAUGGAAGGAAGUGGUAGUUUCGAGACAUGGAGGUGCUUGGGGGGGAUGGUGCACUAAUGAAGUAAGGGGGGGGUAUGGUGUGGGUCUAUGGAGAUAUAUAAGGGGGGGAUGGCAGUGCUUUGAAAAUAAUGUUAGAUUUGUAGUUGGUCAGGGCACUCGCAUCAAGUUUUGGCAGAAUGUUUGGUGUGGAGAGCGUUCUUUGGAGAGAGCCUUUCCAGCUCUAUACAAUAUUGCGAUUAAUAGGGAGGCUUCUAUAGCAGAUCUAUGUGUGAUUGCCCAAGACUCUUUUCAGUGGAACAUUUUAUUCACUCGGGCUAAUCAUGAUUGGGAGCUGUCUAUUGUUUCAGAAUUUUUUAGCAUGAUAUAUUCCUCAGAAAGAUUAACGACACAAGAUGAUAGGCUACAAUGGAGGGGCAAAGACAGUAAGAAGUUCUCAGUCAAGACAUACUAUAAAAUUCUGGUAUCACAAGGUAAUGAAUAUUUUCCGUGGAAAAGUAUUUGGAAGUCACGCGUACCUUCCAAAGUGGCUUUUUUUGUGUGGACUGCGGCACUUGGGAAAAUUCUAACCACGGAUAAUUUAAGAAAGAGGGGACUCAUAGUAACGGACUGGUGUUAUUUGUGCAAAAAAAAUGGAGAAUCAGUGGACCAUCUAUUAUUGCAUUGUGAGGUGACGAGAGAGUUGUGGAAUGGAAUAUUUCGUAGGGUAGAUGUCGCAUGGGUUAUGCCGGCAAAGGUGGUGGACUUGCUUGCUUGUUGGAAGGGUCUAAAAGGCAGUACACAAGUAGCUGCAGCUUGGAAGAUGAUCCCGCUGUGCAUUAUGUGGUGUAUUUGGUUGGAAAGGAACGCACGCUGCUUUGAAGAUAGGGAGCGAUCGAUGGAGGAGCUUCAGAAUUUUUUUCUACACACUUUACUAUUAUGGUUUUCAGCCAUUGUUCUUAAUGGAAACAGUGUACAUGAGUUCCUAGCUCAAAUUUAGUUUUUGAAGAAUGUAUUUAGGUGUUUUCUAUUGUAUACUCCCUGUGUACAUAGGCCUUGC